CGUGUAGAUAUUGAUCGAGUUAAGGGAUACAAACGAACAGGUAUCCAGCGUAUUGAAAGACAGUUCACAGCAGCACUUUAGGUGUGCCAAAACAAGACGACAGACAGAACAAGAAGGUGAGCACCUUCUGCAAGAAGUUGGAGAAUGAAACCAAGGGAAGCAACAGGCCUGUUUCUCCUAGUUGCCUGUGUCUGCUGGCAGAUCACUGGGACUGAGGGUGCAAACACAACGACAAUAUCUCAACAGACAAAUGAGUCUGCAACAGAAAGCACAAUGGAACCAACUACACCUGAAUCCACCACCACAACAGCUACACCACCGACCACAGCCACAACUGCCCCCAUUACAACAACACCUUCUCCAUCAACUACAACUCUACCAACAACAACCACUCCUGUCUCUACCUCUACAAUUCUCCCACCUACCAUAACUACAACUGAAUCCACCCCUGAAUCCACCACUUCAUCAACAAUGUCCCCAACAACCACUACUACAAUACCUACAACAACAACUAACACACCAACUACAACUGAAUCAACAACAACCACACCUCUAUCCACCACCACUACAACGACCCCACCAACUACAACUACAAUUGAACCAACAACAACCACACCUCUACCCACCACAACAACUAAUCCACCAACUACAACUGAAUCAACAACAACCACAUCUCUGUCCACCACAACAACCCCACCACCUACAGCUACAACUGAACCAACAACAACCACACCUCUGACCACCACGACAAACCCACCAACUACAACUACAAGCGCACCAACAACAACCACACCUCUGACUACCACGACUAACCCACCAACUACAACUACAACUGCACCAACAACAACCAUGCCUCUAUCCACCACCACUACAACAACCCCACCAACUACAACUACACCUGACCCAACAACCACGCUUGAAUCCACCACCACUACAACGACCCCACCAACUACAACUACAACUGUGCCAACAACAACCACACCUCUACCCACCACAACAUCUAACCCACCAACUACAACUGAACAAACAACCACACCUGAAUCCACCACCACUACAAAGACCUCACCAACUACAACUGAGCCAACGACAACCACACCUCUACCCACCACGUCUAACCCACCAACAACAACUACACUAGAAACAACAACCACAACUGAAUCCACCACCACUACAACGACCCCACAAACUACAACUACACCUGAACCAACAACCACACCUGAAUCAACCACCACUACAACGACACCACCAACUACAACUACAACUGAGCCAACAACAACCACAUCUCUACCCACCACGUCUAACCCACCAACUACAACUACAACUGCACCAACAACAACCACACCUCUAUCCACCACCACUACAACAACCCCACCAACUACAACUAAACCUGAACUAACAACAAAACCUGAAUCCACCACCACUACAACGACCUUAGCAACUACAACUACAACUGAGCCAACAACAACCACACCUCUACCCACCACCACGACUAACCCACCAACUACAACUACAACUGCACCAACAACAACCACA